GGGAAAAUAUUUUUUUUUUUUAAAUCCUCAUUAACGAAAGGACGAGAGCAAACCCAAAACCCCAGCUUGGGGUUUACAGAGACACAGAAAGACGAUGAGCGGAACUUCACAUCUCAUACAGCUUUGGCACAUUCCUUCUACCAAACUACUCCUCAGAAGCUCCAAUUUUUCUAAAGGUUCAUACCUGGUCCCUGCAGCGGAAAUCUACCCAACCAAAAUCUUCUGUAAGAAGAUACAAACAACUGCAUAUAGAAUUGUCAACGGAAGCUAUGUACCUGUGCCACAAAACAAAAACCAAAGCAACAAGGAGGACAUAGCAUCAACAACUCUUGAAACUGUUGGUGCAUUUCAAAAGCUACCCAUGGUGAUGCCAUCUGUUGAUAUUCUUUAUUCAGCUUUGAGGAAAGCAAAGAGGGUUUCACCUACAAAGGGCAUCGCCAAUAUUGCAAAGCGAGAGAGGAAUAGAGCGGCAAAGCAACUUGAUUUCCUGAUGAAGGAACUAGCAGUUCCAUUAAGAGGCUACGCAGAGAACUUUCCUGACAAAAAACAACUGCACCCUUAUGAACAGUCGCUUAUUCAGUUGACUCUUGGAGAUGGGAACUACGAACAGGUUUUGAGAAGGGUAGAUUCUUUAAGGAAGAAGGUGGUAUCAGUGGGUAAAGAACAUGCUUCUCUUUGUGCUAAGUCUUUAACAAAGCGAGAAGCAGAGGAACGUUUGGGUGAGGGUAUGAAGAAACUUGAAGAUAUUUUUAACCAUGAAGGGAAAGCUGUUGAUGAUUUGUUAAACAUUGCCAAGACUUUGCGGGCAAUGCCAGUAGUUGAUCUGGAAACACCAACACUCUGUCUUGUUGGAGCUCCUAAUGUGGGGAAGUCAUCAUUGGUUCGUGUACUUUCAACCGGGAAGCCUGAGGUAUGCAACUACCCUUUCACAACUAGAGGAAUUCUAAUGGGUCAUAUUGCUUUCAACUACCGUCAUUUCCAGGUUACAGACACUCCUGGCUUACUGAAUAGGCAUGAUGAUGAAAGGAAUAAUUUGGAAAAGUUGACGCUUGCUGUCCUGUCACAUUUGCCCACUGCAAUACUAUAUGUUCAUGACCUUUCUGGAGAAUGUGGGACCUCACCUUCUGAUCAGUUUUUCAUAUACAAAGAAAUAAGAGAGAGGUUCAGUGAUCAUCUUUGGAUUGAUGUUGUCUCCAAAUGUGAUCUAUUGCAAGAGUCUCCUAUCAUUUUCAAUACAGAAGAUGUCAGUGCUGAUAAUCCUGAGCUGGCAAGGUACCAGAAAAUGGGACCGGAGGGGGCCAUUCAUGUAUCAGUAAAGAAUGAAGCUGCACUCAAUCAGUUGAAGGGUAGAGUGCAUGAGCUGCUUGUUUCCCAGAUGAGCAGGAUCAAAAGUUCAGAGAGCAACGAAGAAAACAAAGGAGUCCCUACAUGAAGGGUUCUUCCCUGUGAAGACAUCAAGUUAUGAUGGAAGUUAAUAGCUAGUCUCCAUGGAAAGAAAAUGAGACCCAUAAAUUGGCAAACCAACCGGUUCAGGCACGGGGACAUGUUGCCUGCCUCUUUGGCCUUACUUAUGCUUAUUAUGCAGCAAGCUCAGAUUGAGGGUGGAGGAGUUUUUGGUGUACACUGCAAAUUUUCCCUAGGGUUUUGUUUCAGACCUGUUCAUUCCUUUCAAUGCUUAUGAAAUAUGAUUGAUUAACAGAAAAAAAAAAAAAAAAAAAGAGGGGGAAAUUUAUGCAGAAGCUAGAAUAUUGUAAAAACAAUCAUUUAGAGUUGUAAGUAAAAAUUUUUGUUGUUAGCUUCCAAAGAUGAUGAGGAUGACUUGCUUGGGGCUUAUCAAGCACUAUACAAGGAAAGCCUCAAAAUCAAGAAAGAAAAUAUAAAUUUGUCUAAGUAUCUUGAGAUCAA